AUGACUCAAGCUAAAUAUGUUGAUUGGAUAGAACAACAAUGGGGUCAUAGAGCUGUUACUGUUCCAGAGGUUGAGCUUGCGCUAAAGGAGUUCAUGUUGAAUUAUCAAUAUAGAACAAAUUUAAAUGAUGCCAUCUUGAUUCAAAAAGUGAAGUUACUCACUGCUGGGUUAGGAGUUCCUGAAGGAACAUUACAAUUUUCUUCUGGCUGGCUGCAAAAGUUUAAAGAACAUAAUAGUAUUCGACAAAUAAAGCUUCAGAGUGAAGCUGCAUCUGCAGACAAUGAUGCUAUUACUAGUGUAUUACCAUUGUUAAGAUCUAAAUGUGCCAGUUAUCCACUUCAUAGAAUAUACAAUAUGGAUGAAACUGGGCUUUUUUAUUACUUAGAACUGGACCAAACCUUGGCAACCUAUCGUAUUGCUGGGUAUAAAGUAGAUAGAGAACAUAUUUCAGUUGCACUAUGUACAAAUGCAGAUGGCUCACAUAAACUAAAUCCGUUAAUAAUUGGAAAAUAUCAAAAGCCAAGAUGUUUCAAAAACAUAAAUAUUAAAAACAUGCCAUUUAUGUAUCAGAAUAAUACCAAUGCCUGGAUGAUCACAACAUUCUUUCAAGACUGGCUUAAAGAAUUUAAUCACCAACAAAUAGAGGCAGGUAAUCGUGCAGAAGAUUUAAAAAUGGAUGUCUUACAAGCUAUUCAAUAUGCUAUUCAGGGUUGGGAAGAAAUAAGUGCUAAGACUAUUCUUAUUGAUUCUGAAAUUGAUAAACUUACUGAACUUAUUGAAAAUCUUCAUUUUUCGGACUCUAUGCAGGUUGAAGAGUUUUUAUCUAUCCCCGAAGAAAAUUUUGUUUAUGAAGUUCCUGAUGAUGAUUAUUUAGAUGAAACUGAAAAAAUAGAUGAUAGUUCUGAGAUUCCUAUUGUUAGUGCCGAUUUAGUACUUGAAAGUUUGAAGACUGUUUAUAUGUAUCUACUACAACAAAAUAACACAAGUAAGCAGCUAAAGCUAGUUAAUAAAGUCAAAAAAGUGAUUAAAGAAAAAAAAGUGGCCACAAUGAAACAAUCACAAAUAGAUCAGUAUUUUAAACAAAAUGAUAAAACUAGUAUUAACGAGUAA